AUGUGUAAUCCAACUCCAACUUCACCAUCCCCAUUUCUCUGUCCCAAGAAACCUCGUUUCAGUUAUAAACCAAACAAAACCAUGGAUCUUUUUACCGAUGAUGAUCAAGAAGAACAGCUACACAGAUGGCCAACUGCUUCUGAGGCCGUGCAAGAAAUCAAAGAAAUAGGGAAGAUCUCUGGCCCGACAGCAAUGACUGGUCUUAUUCUGUAUUCAAGAGCCAUGAUCUCCAUGCUUUUUCUUGGCUAUCUUGGGGAGCUUGAGCUGGCUGGUGGCUCACUCUCUAUAGGUUUUGCCAACAUCACUGGCUACUCUGUGCUCUCUGGUUUAGCUAUGGGAAUGGAACCCAUUUGCGGACAAGCUUAUGGAGCAAAACAAUGGAAGAUACUUGGCUUGACUCUUCAAAGAACUGUUCUCCUCCUCCUCUCUGCCUCUGUUCCAAUAUCUUUCACGUGGCUUAACAUGAAGAACAUCCUUUUAUGGUCUGGUCAGGACCAAGAAAUAUCUUCAGUGGCCCAUACUUUCAUUCUUUUUUCCAUUCCUGAUCUCUUCUUUCUUUCACUUCUUCACCCGCUAAGGAUCUAUCUCAGGACGCAAAGCAUUACAUUGCCAUUAACUUAUUGUUCAGCCAUCUCUGUUCUUCUCCAUGUCCCUUUGAAUUUCCUUCUUGUUGUCCAUUUCAAAAUGGGCAUAGCAGGAGUUGCGAUAGCCAUGGUAUUGACCAAUCUCAAUCUCUUUCUCUCACUCGCUUCUUUCAUUUACUUCUCUGGUGUAUAUAAAGAUUCAUGGGUUUCUCCAAGCAUGGAUUGCCUUAGAGGAUGGUCAUCUCUGCUUUCCCUUGCUGUGCCUACUUGCGUUUCCGUUUGCCUUGAGUGGUGGUGGUAUGAGUUCAUGAUAAUGCUAUGCGGACUACUUAUUAAUCCCAAAGCAACAGUAGCGUCAAUGGGAAUUCUUAUCCAGACAACAUCAUUAGUCUAUGUUUUUCCAUCAUCCCUAAGCCUUGGAGUCUCAACAAGAAUCGGGAAUGAGCUAGGGGCUAACCGCCCGGCAAAAGCCCGCAUUUCCAUGAUUGUUUCCCUAACAUGUGCGGUCGCUUUGGGCCUUAUGGCCAUGCUAUUCACAACAUUGAUGAGGCAUCAAUGGGGCAGAUUUUUCACUAAUGAUGCUGAAAUUCUAGAGCUAACUUCAAUAGCAUUGCCAAUUGCUGGGCUUUGCGAGCUUGGAAAUUGCCCCCAAACAACUGGUUGCGGGGUUUUAAGAGGGAGUGCUAGGCCUACCAUUGGAGCAAACAUCAAUUUAGGUUCAUUUUACUUGGUGGGUAUGCCAGUUGCAAUGUUUCUGGGGUUUGUGGCCAAAAUGGGGUUUGCAGGACUCUGGCUCGGAUUGCUUGCAGCUCAAGCUUCUUGUGCCUUGUUGAUGCUAUAUGUUCUAUGCACAACAGAUUGGACGGUUCAAGUAGAGAGAGCAAGAUUGCUCACACAAACAUCAGAAACGUCUAGUGCUCCAAUAUUACCAACAUCAUCAUCCAAACCAGAGGCUAUCACUAAGGAAGCUAACAGCAAGAAGGCCAAUCUUGAAGAGAUAUUGUGCAUUAAUGAUCUUGUGAAGUCAGCUUCACUUGAAACAGACCCACUGAUAUCAACAACACAAAGUGUGUAUUAA